UUUAUUUUCUUCUUAGCGCACUUCGGAGGUGCCCUAUCAAAGAUCCAGCUGGUGGAGUCUGGAGGAGAUGUAAGAAGGCCUGGAGAUUCUCUCAGAAUUUCCUGCCAAGCCUCCGGGUUCACUUUUGGAGAUCACUGGAUGAGCUGGGUGCGACAGGCUCCCGGGAAGGGACUGGAAUGGAUUGCAACUAUUUCAUACUGGGCUGGUAGUACUAUACAUUAUGCAGACCCAGUGAAAGGGCGCUUCAGCAUCUCCAGGGACAACCCCUCGAACACACUGUUUCUGCAGAUGAACAACUUGAAAUCAGAGGACUCGGCUGUGUAUUACUGUGCCAGAGAUGCUGUGUCAGCACACAAUAAUUAUGGCCUUACAGAUUUUGGAAGUGGGACCAGAGUUAUUGUCACAGGUGGAACAAUAGCUUUCAGUGACCCAAUACUGGUAGCAUUUCAUCCAUCCCGUUGGGAAGUUCAGGAAAAGAAGAAGGCCACGAUUGUGUGCUUGGUCACCAAGUUCUAUCCAAAUGAUAUCAAAUUGAAGUGGUAUGUGAACGGCAAAGAAAGAACAGACGGGGUACAGACUGAGGACAUGAAAUAUGAUGAUACAAACAAAUACUCGUUUAUCAGCCGUUUAAGAGUCCCCAGUGAAGAGUGGCUGAAACCAGCAACUACUUAUGAGUGCAAAGCAUGGUUCAAGGGAGAGAAGGGAUCCUCAUGGUUUCCAACGAUGGUGCAAGUUAACGUCACAGACAGCAAUGAUAUUACCAAUGACUGUGCUGACACCGAGGUCGAAAAAGGUCCUCACCCCACAGACGUUCCACACAAUUUUAAUGCCACACAGCCUGCAGAUGCAGAGGACAGCAGUGACAUUGCCAACAAGAACUAUAUCAUACAUGCCAAUCUCGGAAAACUCGUGUAUACUCUUCUCAUUUUGAAGAGCAGCAUGUACGGGGCAUUUGUUUUAGGCCUGAAGCUAAGGAAAAAGCCUAAGCAACUCAUACCUGAACAUCCAGAUCUCUCCAGUGAUGUGAAUGAAUUCCUGGAAGAGAAAGAUUAACAUUCUCAUCCUCAAAUGUCCAGAGUAGGAUGUUGGAUCACUCUUCACUUCUUAAAAGUUGCUUUGAAUCAGCAGUGUUCUCAAGAUACACUUCACUGCUGCAUUUUAGGUUGAAAAACAGUUACUGGGCUUUUUAUUAUUUAGUAUUUCCUGUGUUACAUUUCAGUUUUACCAUGCUUGCAUGGAAGUAAGCACGCUUGGAAUUACAGCCUUAUAGUGCAAUCCUAUAUAGACUCCUCAAAAGUACUGAGGAUCUCAACGGUCAUUAUUCCUAGUGAGUCACAGGACUGCAGUCUUAAAGUCUCCCUGAUUGUCAAAGGGACAGAUGAGAAAUACACUUUUAAGCAUUUUCCUCCUCAGAAGUGUAUCCUAUUGAAUUCAGCUAGGCAUACUCUCAAGUAGUUUCCACCAGUAGUGCAGUCUUAAGAUUAUAUUUAAAUUCUUGUAUUAAAACUUUAAGAGAGCUAAACAUUGUUUGCCAUGCAUUCUCCUUUUGAUUCUCUGCUGCUGCUGUUUUUUUAAUAA